GUUGUGGAAGAAAAGAGAGGACCUGGGGUAAGCAGCCAUGGCAUGGACCUCAUCCGAGGUGGCACCUGGCUAGGGUCCUGACCCCCAAUCCUUCCCCAGUAACCAUCACUUUGAGUAAACGCUGGCUCCACCCCCAGCAUGGUUCUUUGCACCAACAUUUGGGGAAUGCCUACCAGGGGUCACACACUGACCUGGAUGCUGAGUGUAGGGUGUCUACAACAUCGUGCCUAAAAAGUCUCUGUAUGGGGGUAUAAGAAGGUGCUGGGGCAAUGCAGAUGAGAUGAGAAGCAUCUUUCAGGGAAUGGGUUGAUCCCAAUUCAGGCUUCCCAGAGAAGGAUGUCUGUAGACUUCAUAUUAGCAAGGGAGGUAGGGUAGCCAGGCCACAGGACUGCUGGUGUAAAGACCGGGGCAUAUGAAAUGGCAAGUGUGACUGUGCUUUCAGCCAAUAAUUUGGUAUUGUCAAAUGAUGGGAACAAAUAGCUGGAGAGGCAGAUCCUAAAGGGUCCUGUGGGCCAGGCUAGACUUCAUCUUGUCACUAACUAAUGGAGACGCUCUGAAGGAGUUAAAAGAGCUCAGUUCGUCUCGUGGUUAAAUCCAAGUUUUACAAAGGUCACUCUGACUGUAAAGCGGAAGGUGGGUUGGCCAGGGGAUCAUCUAGUCCGGGUGAGAAGUGAUGAUAACAUGAAGGGGUGAAGAGAGAUUUAGAAGAAGUGAUUCACAGGAUUAAACAUUUAGAUAAUGGAAGUGAAGGAAAUGCGGCGGGGGGGGGGGGGGUGUUCCAGAUUUCAGGCAUAGAUGAAAGAAGUGCAGUUCGGCACAAAUAAAGAGAAACAGGAAUAGCAGGUUUUAGGGGAGAAGAUAACAGAAUGGGUGAGAAAUGACACUUGAGUACCCUAGUGUGCUAGGUAAUGAUCUGUCUACUUCCCUUCAUUUAUCAUGUAUAUUCCCAUUUAACUUGCAUAAAGACUUUGAGUUAAACGGUCUUACCCCAAUUUGUCAAAUUUCUGCAUUAGAUGCAUAAUAUAGUACAAGAAACCAUAGUGGCUGAGGCAGCAUUGGUGUUCAAAUUGCCUGACUACAAAGGCAGUGCUUGUUGGCUACAUUCUGUUGCUUCCCAGUUUAGAACAUGUUACAUUGAGGCGCCUGUUGCAUUUCCAAAUAAAAAAGUACAGAAAGAAGGUGGCUGUAUAAAUCUGGGGCUCACAAAGUAAUUUUGAUUAUUGAGAGUUUGCUUUCAAGGAGCAAAUUGUGACUCCUUGAUUAUGAACCUUAAUUAAAAAAAAAGAAAAAAAAGUCUUACUCUUCUUCCUGCCUUGUCUGGGGCAAGCCUGAAUGGGUUUUUACUGCUGUGAAUUUUCUUUUCAUUGAAGGUUUUGCCUUGAUCUAUGUAUCUACUUUCAUCCUGACCAUAUUCAAGUCAGUAUAUUCAUGAAUGUACCCAUUUGUGAAAUUUGAACUUAAGUAUACACGAUUAUAGCCAUUUGGGAAGCUUUUUUUUUUUUUUUUUUUUUUUUUUUUUUUUUUUUUUUUAAGAGUAGGAGUAGAAAAAGGUCUCUGUACUCUGAAUGGGAAGACAGUGUAAAGCAACUUUUUCCCUUUUCCUGUCCUCCUGUAAAAAAAAUAAACAGCCGUAUGCCUCUGCUAAAUACUAACUGCCUCAUCACCUUUUGUGCAGAUUGGGCAGGUUACAUUUGGUUUUAAGGAAUUAGGAAUAUGUUUCUUUCUGGCACCUUAGUAACCCACGCGAUUGUGAUUCUUUUCUCUUCUUGACUCUGAUAGGUGGCAUGGAAUGUUCACAUGGGUGAGCCGCAUGAGGCCACCCACCACGCUUCCUGAAGGAUGCCCGUGUGGAAGAAUUUUGACGUGCCAGUGUCCUCGUUCUACAGGGUGUUCCAUUCUUUCACAAUCUCAGAAAAAUGGGACUAAAAGAAACUAUUUUGUAAAAUAAGAAGACUUUCCCAUUUUUAAUGACCAACAUGUAUUAAGAUGGACACCUAUUCUACAAAAUACGAAGUUCUAUGGUCUCGAAGAAGCAAGUGCCUGUUUAAAACUGAUCCUAAAUAAAAACAGACUUGAGUGGAUAUGAGAAUGUUGGUUAGUGGCAGAAGAGUAAAAAAAUGGCAGUUAAUUAUUCAGUUAUUUGCUACUUGUUUUAUAGUGAGCCUCAUGUUUUUUUGGGAACCGAUCGAUAAUCACAUUGUGAGCCAUAUGAAGUCAUAUUCUUACAGAUACCUCAUAAAUAGCUAUGACUUUGUGAAUGAUACCCUGUCUCUUAAGCACACCUCAGCUGGGCCUCGCUACCAAUACUUGAUUAACCACAAGGAAAAGUGUCAAGCUCAAGACGUCCUCCUUUUACUGUUUGUAAAAACUGCUCCUGAAAACUAUGAUCGACGUUCCGCAAUUAGAAGGACGUGGGGCAAUGAAAAUUAUGUUCGGUCUCAGCUGAAUGCCAACAUCAAAACUCUGUUUGCCUUAGGAACUCCUAAUCCACUGGAGAGAGAAGAACUACAAAGAAAACUGGUUUGGGAAGAUGAAAUGUACAAUGAUAUAAUUCAGCAAGACUUUGUUGAUUCUUUCUACAAUCUUACUCUGAAAUUACUUAUGCAGUUCAGUUGGGCAAAUACCUAUUGUCCACAUGCCAAAUUUCUUAUGACUGCUGAUGAUGACAUAUUUAUUCACAUGCCAAAUCUGAUUGAAUACCUUCAAAGUUUAGAACAAAUUGGUGUUCAAGACUUUUGGAUUGGUCGUGUUCAUCGUGGUGCCCCUCCCGUUAGAGAUAAAAGCAGCAAAUACUACGUGUCCUAUGAAAUGUACCAGUGGCCAGCUUACCCUGACUACACAGCUGGAGCUGCCUAUGUAAUCUCCGGUGAUGUAGCUGCCAAAGUCUAUGAGGCGUCGCAGACACUUAAUUCUAGUCUUUACAUAGACGAUGUGUUCAUGGGCCUCUGUGCCAAUAAAAUAGGGAUAGUACCACAGUACCAUGUGUUUUUUUCUGGAGAGGGUAAAACUCCUUAUCAUCCCUGCAUCUAUGAAAAAAUGAUGACAUCUCAUGGACACUUAAAAGAUCUCCAGGACCUUUGGAAGAAUGCUACAGAUCCUAAAGUAAAAACCAUUUCCAAAGGUUUUUUUGGUCAAAUAUACUGCAGAUUCAUGAAGAUAAUUCUCCUUUGUAAAAUUAGCUAUGUGGACACAUAUCCUUGUAGGGCUGCGUUUAUCUAAUAGUACUUGAAUGUUGUAUGUUUUCACUGUCACUGAGUCAAACCUGGAUGAAAAAAAACCUUUAAAUGUUUGUCUAUACCCUAAGUAAAAGGGGGAUGAAAGACAAAUAUUUUGAAAGCCUAGUCCAUCAGAAUGUUUCUUUGAUUCUAGAAGCUGUUUAAUAUCACUUAUCUACUUCAUUGCCUAAAUUCAUUUCAAAGCAUUCGUAUUUAGAAAAGGUUUAUAUUAUUAGUGAAAACAAAACUAAAGGGAAGUUCAAGUUCUCAUGUAAUGCCACAUAUAUACUUGAGGUGUAGAGAUGUUAUUAAGAAGUCUUGAUGUUAGAAUAAUUGCUUUUGGAAAAUACCAAAUGAACGUAUAGUACAUUUCAAGGAAAUGAAUAUAUUGUUAGACCAGGUAAGCGAGUUUAUUUUCGUUAAAGAGCACUUGGUGGAGGCGGUAGGGGCAGGGAAAGGUCAGCACAGGAGAGAAAGUUCAUGACUCUGGUAAAAGAAAGUCUCUUGUUCUUAAGAGGAGAUGUAGAAAAAUGUGUACAAUGUUAUUAUAAACAGACAAAUCACUUCUUACCACCCCCAUGUAGCUACUGGUGUUGGAGUCAUUAAAAUACCUUUUUUUGCAUCUUUUUGUCAAAGUUUAAUGCGAACUUUGAGAAAAGUGAUUAAUGUUACCCUAAUACUUUAUAUGUUUUUAAUGGAUUUUUAAGUAUUAGAAAAUGACAUAUAACAUGGGCAGCUGGUUGCUCAUAGGGUCCUUCUCUAGGGAGAAACCAUUGUUAAAUAAGCUGAUUUUAAUGAAGUUUUCAACUGGUUUUUAAAUAUUCGAUAUUGGUCUGUGUUUAAGGUUGUUAUUUGAAUGUAAUUUACAUAGAGGAAUAUAAUAAUGGAGAGACUUCAAAUGUAAAGACAGAACAUUACAAGAUUAAUGUCUCCAUAAUUUUAUAAAAUGAAAUCUUAGUGUCUAAAUCAUUGUACUGAUUAUUAAAAUUAACCCACUCCUCCCCAACAAGGUCUUAUAAACCACAGCACUUUGUUCCAAGUUCAGAGUUUUAAAUUGAGAGCAUUAAACAUCAAAGUUAUAAUAUCUAAAACAAUUUAUUUUUCAUCAAAUAACUGUCAGAGGUGAUCUUUAUUUUCUAAAUAUUUCAAACUUGAAAACAGAGUAAAAAAGUGAUAGAAAAGUUGCCAGCUUGGGGUUUAAAGCAUUUUUAAAGCUGCAUGUUCCUUGUAAUCAAAGAGAUGUGUCUGAGAUCUAAUAAAGUAAGUUACAUUUAUUUUACAAAGCAGGAUAAAAAUGUGGCUAUAAUACACACUACCUCCCUUCACUACGGAAAGAAUUAGGUGGUGUCUACUGCUAGGGAGAUUAUAUGAAGGCCAACAUAAUGACUUCAGCAAAAGUGGCUGAACUCACUCUAAGACCUUUGACUGCAGAGGCACCUGUUAGGGAAAAUAAGAUGUCUCAUAUAAUAAGGUAAUGUCAGAAACAUGCAAAACAAAACUAAAAAAGAUUUCUCAGUAUACACAACUGGAUGAUGAUACUUACAAUUUUUAACAGGUAGCUUUUUAAUGUUUACAGAAAUUUUAAUUUUUUUCUAUUUUGAAAUUUGAGGCUUGUUUACAUUGCUUAGAUAAUUUAGUAUUUUUAACUAAUGUCAAAACUACAGUGUCAAACAUUCUAGGUUGUAGUUACUUUCAGAGUAGAUACAGGGUUUUAAAUCAUUACAGUUUAAGUUUCCUGACCAAUUUUUAAAAAGUAGAGAACAAAAGCAUAUUUGACCAAGCAACAAGCUUAUAAUUAAUUUUUUUAGUUGAUUGUUUAAUGAUGUAUUGCCUUUUGCCCAUAUAUACCCUGUGUAUCUAUACUUGGAAGUGUUUAAGGUUGCCAUUGGCUGAAAACGUAAGUGUCUCUGGCCAUCAAAGUGAUCUUGUUUACAGCAGUGCUUUUGUGAAACAAUUAUUUAUUUGCUGAAAGAGCUCUUCUGAACUGUGUCCUUUUAAUUUUUGCUUAGAAUAGAAUGGAGCAAGUUUAAAUUUCAAGGAAAUAUGAAGGCACUUCCUUUUUUUCUAAGAAGGAAGUUGCUAGAUGAUUCCUUCAUCACACUUAAAGUACUGAGAAGAGUAUCUGUGAAUAAAAGGGUUCCAACCUUUUAAAAAAGAAGGAAAAAACUUUUUGGUGCUCCAAUGCAGGGCUAUCUUUUUAAAAAAAUGUCAACAAAGGGAAAAUAAACUAUCAGCUUGGAUGGUCACUUGAAUAAAAGAUGGUUAUACACAGUGUUAUUGUUAAAACUUUUUUACCUUUUGGUUGGUUUGCAUCUUUUUUCCAUAUUGUUAAUUUUAUACCAAAAUGUUAAACAUUUGUAUUAUUUGAAUUUUGCUCUUGUAUGGCAAAAUAAUUAGUGGGUUUUUAAAAAAAAUCUAUGGUUUCCAAUAAACAACUGAAAAAUUAUCAU